CAUAGCCGUCGCAUUCCUCGGCGUCUUCAGCGUUCCUGCGGCGCGCGCAACAUCCACGGUCGCCUCACAGAGCAUCCCGACGUCGCCACACAUAGCACCAUGCCGACCUACGUGAUCACGGGCUGCUCCACGGGCAUCGGCCUCGAGCUCUGCAAGCAGCUCGCCGCGCGCGGCGACAAGGUCUUCGCGACGUGCCGCAAGAAGGAGUCGUCGGCGACGGGCGUGGACCUCAUCAGCGCCGUGACCGGCGACGUCACCAUCGUCGAGGGCAUCGACGUCAUGGUCGACGACUGCAAGGCGAAGCUCGCGGCCGCGCUCGCGGGCGUCUCCGUCGACGUGCUCGUGUGCAACGCGGGCGGCAUCAACGGCACGUCCGCGCUCAAGGGCGGCGACGUCUUCCCGGACCAGGGGCUUGAUGUCUGCAGCGGCGAGCGCAUGGCCGCGGCCUUCCAGCUCAACGCCGUGGGCCCGCUCCGGUGCUAUCAGGCGCUCGCGCCGAACCUGUCCGCGGGCUCCAAGGUCGUCGUCGUCAGCACGGGCAUGGGCUCCAUCGCCGACAACACGUCCGGGGGCCUCUACGCGUACCGGUCGUCCAAGGCCGCGGCGAACAUGGUCGCCAAGGGCAUGUCUGUGGAUCUGAAGAAGAAGGACAUCGCCGUCCUCGCGAUCGCGCCGGGCUUCGUCGUCACGGAGUUCGGGCCCGGCAUGGACAUGCUCAAGAAGAUGGGCGGCGUGCCCGUGGAGCUGUCCUGCGCGGGCCUCGUCAAGGCCAUGGACGGGCUCACGCUCGAGACGACGGGCCGCUACAUGACCGUGCCCAAGGACGGCUCGGACCCGACGGACUUCGGCCCGGGCUGGUAGGAGGCGGCGGCGCGCGGGGUAAUCACACAGAAGGAAUCUAAGUGACAGGCAACG